AUGGCGACCCCCAACAACCUGACCCCCACCAACUGCAGCUGGUGGCCCAUCUCGGCGCUGGAGAGCGAUGCAGCCAAGCUGGCGGAGGCCCCCGACGCGCCCCAGGCGGCCAGCCCCGCCCAUUGGCCCAAGGAGAGCCUGGUUCUGUACCACUGGACCCAGUCCUUCAGCUCGCAGAAGGUGCGGCUGGUGAUCGCCGAGAAGGGCCUGGCAUGUGAAGAGCGGGACGUGAGCCUGCCACAGAGUGAGCACAAGGAGCCCUGGUUCAUGCGGCUCAACUUGGGCGAGGAGGUGCCCGUCAUCAUCCACCGCGACAACAUCAUCAGUGACUACGACCAGAUCAUUGACUACGUGGAGCGCACCUUCACUGGAGGUACAGCUGGUGUGCUGCCGACCUGGCCUAACCCCUGGCAGUGCCCUGCAGAGCACGUGGUGGCCCUGAUGCCUGAGCCAGGCAGCCCGCAGCAUGCGCGGGUGCUGCAGUACCGCGAGCUGCUGGACGCGCUGCCCAUGGACGCCUACACACACGGCUGCAUCCUGCACCCCGAGCUUACCACCGACUCCAUGAUCCCCAAGUAUGCCACGGCCGAGAUCCGCAGACAUUUAGCCAAUGCCACCACGGACCUCAUGAAAUUGGACCAUGAAGAGGAACCCCAGCUCUCCGAGCCCUACCUUUCUAAACAGAAGAAGCUCAUGGCCAAAAUUUUGGAGCACGAUGACGUGAGCUACCUGAAGAAGAUCCUUGGGGAGUUAGCCAUGGUGCUGGACCAGAUCGAGGCCGAGCUGGAGAAGAGGAAACUCGAGAAUGAGGGGCAGAAAUGCGAACUGUGGCUCUGUGGCUGUGCCUUCACCCUCGCUGAUGUCCUCCUGGGAGCCACCCUGCACCGCCUCAAGUUCCUGGGACUGUCUAAGAAAUACUGGGAAGACGGCAGCCGGCCCAACCUGCAGUCCUUCUUUGAGAGGGUCCAGAGACGCUUUGCCUUCCGGAAAGUCCUCGGUGACAUCCACACCACCUUGCUGUCAGCGGUCAUCCCCAAUGCAUUCCGGCUGGUCAAAAGGAAACCCCCAUCUUUCUUCGGAGCAUCCUUCCUCAUGGGCUCCCUGGGCGGGAUGGGCUACUUCGCCUACUGGUACCUCAAGAAAAAAUACAUCUAG